AUGAAUGACAAGAACUACAUGCCUACAUGCAAGACAAUCUAUCACAAGGCCUCGAUCAUGAAGCUAUCGUACUCAAUCGCUAAGAUCCUGUCUUUGACGGCUCAGUUCACUUCAGCAGAGCUAAAGUGUCGUCCAGAAGGCCCUGUUCUCCCAAGACCAACAGCUCUCACCAAGUCUCCAAUCUUCCAAGCUGCAGCCAACAACUUGACUGAGACUCUCAACGCAGCUCUCUGUGGCUCAAUCACCGCAGGAUGGCCUACCAACAAUGUCUCAUUCUCACUUGCAGUCGUAAGCGCAGAACAAGACGACCCCGGUGUGCCGAUCUGGGAGUACCAUCAUCUGGCAGCCGCUAACACAAAGGGCACAAAGAAGCUGGACAGAGAUUCCCAGUAUUUGAUUGGGUCCGUAACCAAGGUCUUUACGGAUUAUGUGCUCCUAAAGAGCGGUAUGAAUAUUGAUGCACCGGUUACGGAGUAUCUUCCGGGACUUGAUGGCAAGUCCAAGAUUCAGUGGAGGGAUGUGACUUUGAGGAUGCUGGCUUCGUACUUGGGCGGUACACCGGCGAACUAUGGGUUCUCGGACUUUUACCUCCUCAAAGAAGUCUUCCUCGCAUACGGUCUCCCCACCAUUGAAGACGACGACUAUCCACCUUGUGGUGUUAUAGGUCUCAACAAGGCUUGCACAGGGCAAGGUACCAAGAACUCAUAA